UCGGCCAUCUCCGGUUAGAUUAUUCGAUAUCAUUUUCUAACACACACAUGCGAAUAGCUCGUGUUAUUGGUGGGUAAAUUUAGCUCAAGUUGCAGGCAUCAGCUCAGUAACCGAAAACAUAGAGCACGGUCAUUGCUCUCCUCCGUCUCCCCUCAUCGGUGAACUUGGGUUGUGGCUAUUGGGUACACAAUGUACCACCAUGCUUUUGAUGUAAAACAACUGCGCAAGAGACGAAUAGAAACAGGGGGGCGAAGAGAAGAAGAAGGGGGGACGUGAGUAUCGUGUGGUGUUGCACAAUGUUCAUCUUCAUGGGUCCCGUGGACACGCAACACCCCCCAUUUAUCGUUUCAGCUCGUUGCACACACUUGUAAAUUAGCUGCUCCUUUUCAUGCGAUGCGUCUUCUUUGCAGCUGGGGUCCUUCCAUGGUACCAAUACCUUAUUACUCUCUCAAGUUAAGUGAGAUGAUAGAAGAGCAUUAAAUAAGACUGAAAAACACCACGUUUCGUCAUAAGCUGAACAUUACUUAUUGACAAAACUUCUCCCCUUUGCAUCUACUACUCUGAAAGUUCAAAUGGAUAAGAAAAAGCAAAAGACAACAGAGGACAGGAAGAAGAUGAGAAAACCCAAAGAGGCUGAACCAGAUGCAUCCUCAAAGAGUGUUACCAGUGAAGUUAAGCAGCAGCAGACUAGUCUGGGGGAGUUAACAGAUACAAGGUCCGACCAGUCAGAUGGAAAUUUAAGAAUGAAAAUAGCGGUUGGAGCGAAACGGACAAAGAAGCCCCCAAAGAGCCUUGAGAACUUCAUAUGCAGGCCCACAAUCAGAAUCUCUCAGAGGCUUGCACAUGGAGAUGGACAUAGUUCAUGUGGAGGUGAAGUCCCCAGUCCUGAUAUCAGAGUGGGCAAGCAGUCUCAUCGUGAGAUUCAGAAAAAAGAUAGGAACGAUUGCAUUUCUCCAAAAGCAUCUACAAGGCAGAGUGUCCCACUUCCCACAUCAUCCAAAAAAGCUGACUCUAAAUCAGUCAUUACAGCUUCUAAAAAGGCUCCAUCAAAACACAUGAGGAAGACUGACUCAAAGUCAUUAUUAACAUCAGAUGGACCUUCGUAUGCAGUUCAGCCACAAACAGAUAGCAAAGUACCACUUUCAGAUAAGAUAACCUCCUCUACAUUGCUGAAGCAGACAUAUUCACCUCCAGCUGCCCCUUCUCCGCCUUCCUCUUUACCACAGAACUCCAGUCUACAAGACAGCGCCCAAGUUUUAAAUGCUCAAAAAGAGAAGGGUGAAAAUCUCCCAACUGGAGAAGCAAUGAUCUCCUCCCUCACUUCACAUGGUUCAAAUGAUACUUCUUCCAGUAUUGAAAAUGACAGUGAAAGCACGUCAUAUCCAAUAUCAUGUAGUGAGAAUUUAGGAAAGCGAAGUCCCUGCCCUCCAAAAAAGUGUAGAAUCAAGGAAAGUAAUGUUGACAAGGUUUUAAAUGCAGCAGAUAAAGAAGAUGGAGACCCUUCAUGUUACAAAAACACGAGUAACACCAACAGUAGGAGUAAGGAAAAUGGUUUAUUGUAUCAGCAAAGUCCCUCUGUCAAGACACCAUUGCUCCUUACUGCUUCAGAUAAAUCUGCUGAAUCAGCAACUCCUGAGAACAGCACUUGUAUGCCAGAGUUACUGGAGAGCAGAGGAAGUAAUAAGUAUAAUGAAAGUGAAGUCAUAGUUGACUCCAGAGAGAUGGAACCUUCCCAAGCUGUUGCUGUCCAGCCAAAAGAUGGCAGCAGGGUGGGGCAAAUCAUUGACAAGAAUAAGAAAAGAGCCAGGCUUAGUUCAAACCAAGACGAAGAUAUGCAGUGUUCCUCUCAACCCCCUGGGUGUGCAGAUUCUCAGUUUAACAGUUGCGUUCCAAGUGAUGAGCCACCUUUACAUCCAAAACAAAACCUCAUGUCACAGAAGAAACAAAAAGCUGUUCAGGUGACAAAGAUAGAAAAUCCAGACGAGAAAAUGGAUCUGGCUGCCUGUAAAAAGAUACCACAAAAAUCAAACCAUAAAAGAAUUCCUUCCAUUAAGUCAUCAAAGGUGUUGUCAUUGCAAUCAAGACAAGCUGGACAACUUCCUAAAUCUAAUAAACUACAAAAUGUAUCACCCAGAUCAGAAACCUUUUCCUCUGAGCCCCCUCCCAAGAAAAGGGGCCGUCCAAAGAUGACCAAGUUGGGGGAGAUUCCUCAGGAAAGUAAGUCUCAAAAGUCCUCUACUAAAUUCCCCAUACUUGAAGAUGCAGAUAUCCCUGAUCCAGAGAAUGGCCUGAAUCUUCCAAAGCCAACCCCCAAAACACUAGGUCAUCCCAAAUGUCUCUCUUUUGUCCAAAAAAAGAGAUGUAAAUCACUCGACUCAGCAUCUGGGAAGAAGCGUGCUGCAGGAAAACUCAAACCCUCUUUGUCUAAAGCUAGAGAUGCUCAAAUCAGCCGCAAACGAAAUAGGCUGAUAAUGAAGACUAUUAUCACAAAUAUCAAUAAGAUGAGAGUGAAGAAGAAGGAUAAAGUACUCACAGAGUUUCUUUCAGGGCAAAGCCAAAGUUACAAUUCUGAUGUUGUUCAGAAAGACAAUGAAGGUGAUGCAGAUUGCUCGGUUUCAGAUGAAACGCACACUUUAUCCUCACUUGUUACCUCUUUUGGGGGAAAAUUUGGUCCACAAAUAAAUAUCAGCAAACGUGGUACUGUCUACAUAGGAAAAAGAAGAGGUCGUAAACCUAAAACUCAAAGAGAAACUUCUGGCCAAGACUCUGAACAAGUUCUAGGUCAAAAGUCUCAGCAAGUCUUGGCAGAAUCUUCUGAUCAGUUGAACUCUUGGUCCACCUCUGAUGAUCAUAGCCAUUCAUUUGAUGGCCAGUCUGGUUUGUGCAGCUCUCCUUUUAAGAAUCUUGUGUCCCCUUCACCCACUAUGUCCCCCUCUUUUCGAAGAAAGGUUCAUCUUGGCAACCAUGAAUAUAAUCAACGUUCUGCUCCAAAGGUAACCAGUACCCAAAGGGUUAAAGCAGUGCACGAAGAGAAAUCAAAACUUCCUUCCUCCUCGCAGUCUUCACCAUGCCCUUCAGCCACAUCCCAGUUAGGCUCUGUAAGGACUGAUGACCACAGAACUACACACUUUGGACAAUCAGGAUUAAUGGAGCAAGAAAGACUCAAAUACAAGUGCCAUAGAAAAGGUCAUAAUUGCUUUAGCCAUGAUAAGAUUAGGAGACAUAAACACAAAUGUAAGAAAAAGUAUCUUCAACUCAGGGCCAAAAGGCAAGACCCGGCCUUUCUGGCAGAGAUUGAGGAAUUAGUGGUCAGACUUAGUGAGAUUCGUAUUGUGCAUCAUAUCUCAUCACGAGGGUGUGGGGAUGAAGCAAAUUCUGGAAGGAAGAGUGGGAAAGGAAAAGCUCAUCCUCACGUUCUUCAGUGUCUACCACAAAACCUUCAUCAUCCAGCUAUGUUUCAAAUCAACUUCAGUGGUUACUACUCACCUCAGUCAGACUUUUCUCGUGACUCUCUGCAUUAUGUUGGACUGGCAGAUUUUAAGAGGAACAAUGGGUGUCCCUCACAACCAAGUGAACAUAUUGUCACACAUUGCCCAGUAGUGCACAAACUUGGCUUCCCACUGUCGGGAGGUGGUUGUUACCACUCGCCAUACAAAAUGCCACUUUCUACCACUUCAUUUGGUUUUGGACUUUAUAGAGGAUACCCUCCAUCUGCAACUAUAUACCCUUCGUCACCCUUUUUACCUUCUUAUGUGCACCCCUACUCCAAAAAUCCCAUUUUAAGCCCAUCAAAGUUCCAUAAAAGGAAGCACAAGUUUCUGAGAAGUGACUCUCUACUUUGUGGCGGAAAGCCACAGGGGAACUAUGCUAAUGUAACAUCUCAUUCCCCUGACUGGUUCAGUAGAAAUAGCUGGCAACGAGAAGACAUCAGAGAGCAGGCUAGAGGUAAAAGGUUUGUGGAUGAUAGACUUAGAGAAAGAGAUGGAAAAGAGGGUUUAAUAGGACAAAGUAAGCCCAGAAAAGACCAUUUCAGAAGGGGUCCGGCCUCAAAUCCCCCCUGCUCUUCCUCAACACCCUCAAAACAAGCAGACAAACAUAAAACCUCACCACUUUCAUAUAUAGGACUUGCACAUAUGAGACCGGUAUCAAAAGUUAGGUGGGCAGAGCAUCAGCAACCAUGGAGGUGGAGAGAGAGCACACAGGUAGAGCCGAGGAACAGGGUUUUAAACCAAGAAGCUGGUUCAGGGUACCAGGAGGACGAUGAUGAAGGGGAUGAAGACCUGCCAUCACCUCCCCUAGCAGACAGAGCCAUCCACCAUCACAGUUUCCUGAGGAACCCCAACCUUGCUAGUAGUGCGUACAGUCACAUGACAGCUCAAAAAAGUGUUGGUGAAGUUCAGUCUGCUUCAAGGAACUUAAUGAGACCUGGAGGCUCCUUAAUGAAGGAUUGCUCAGCUGGAGGCAUAAGAACAUCAGAGAGUUUCCAGCCUGGUGGUUCACUCUUCUCUGAGCACUAUCCGCAUGCCAGUCCCUCUCUCAAUGAAGGACAAGAGAGAGGAGGAAAAGAGAAAAGACCCAACAUCAGCAGAACACACUUUCAGACCAACGAUAUCAGGCCUUUUUCCUCUUGUUCUGCCACCAAAGUCAGUUUUUCUCAUUUAAAUAAAACCAAAAAUACAACGCCAAACAAGAGUAAACUGAAACAUGUCAAAAAGCCUCUCAAGAAAAAGAAUCCCAAAGGUCAAGAGGUCACAGGAAGUGAGGUGAAGAGGAGAGGACGAGGUCGACCAAGGAAAAACCCUGCACCGUGCUUUUCUCCACCUUUACCUGCCACACCUGUACAUCAUGAAACCACAGAGUGUCCUGCGAAACGCAAAAAAGGAGACGACUAUACAGAACUCAAUGCGACUGAGUCCAUGGCUCAACAUGAGAAAAGGAAAAGAAAGAAAAGAAGAGAUGAAUCAAGGAGCAAUGAUGGGCAGGUAGAUGAAGGAAAAGACUCCGCUCUGAGCCAAAAGCCCUCACAAUCGCACAUCGACAUAUCCUCACCUUCCCAGGAGCCAUCAGUGUCUGUAAACAGCCAAUCAGAGAAGAGGUCUGACGUGGCAACUGAAAAGAAAUAUGAGUGGGCGGGACUUUACUCGGAUGUGUAUAAAAGCGAGAACCUCUCGAGUCUGUCCUCUCCACUACACACAGACUGCCUUGACUAUGAUCCUGAAGAACAUGAGCAUGGUCUACUUCCUGCACCAAUACACGUAGGAAAGUAUCUGAGGCUGAAACGGAUCGACUUUCAGUUGCCCUAUGACAUAUAUCGACUCUGUGCUCAGGAAAAGCGUCCUAAAAAGUCACGACAGACCCCUCGCAAGACGGCCCCAUCCAAUGGAUCUGUUGAUGUAAUGUCUCGCACUCAGACCGAAGACGGUUCCUGUAAACAUCAGAAGCUCGGUGUGACUCACGACUGUGUUUCUGACAGCCUUAAUAGCACUAGACAGAACAACACAGAAGAGGUUGGAAAUGAAAUGAGUGAAACAGACAUUGAUAGUAAUCUUCCCGAUCAACCUGACCCUCCCAAACAGCAGGAGAAAGGCAGUGAUGCUGAAAAUAUCCCCUCCCCUCUCCUGAUGAUGCCCUUGUCUUGUGAGGAGAGGAGCUUCGUCUUAGACCAUGGCGUUUUUCUGGUGAGAAACUAUGAGAAAAUGCGAGACAGACAGGCAUUGCUCCUGAGGGAGGAGGUGACAGAGCGAGAGGAAGAAAACAAAGAAGAUAGAGGGAGCAGCCAGGAGGGGGAUCAGAGAGGGGAUCUUGAAGACACCAUCACUAAGUCAGACCAGCGCCUGACUCACAUGAGUCCACAGUCAGAAAACAGAGAGAGAGACGAGGAUGGGAGAAGUGUACAGAGCAGAAGCCUCACGCAGACACUCCAGGGGAUCUAUGACAUCAUUGUCAGUCACAAGGGGUCAUCUGGACAAACCCUCGCUGCUCCUCUGCUGAACCUGUGCUCCAGAAAGAGAUCAGACUCGGCUCCUGUGGAUCUCAGUACGUUACAGAGGCAGCUCCUCUCAGGCCACUAUGAGAGUCUGGACACCUUUCACUCAGACAUGCUGAAGGUGUUCCACUGCGCCGAGAAAUACUACGGUUGUGAGUCACCAGUGGGUCGUAAUGUGAGGCAGCUGAGGGAAGUGUACCACAGUGCUCAUCAGGAGGCCUUGAUUCAGAUCGGCAGUUUCCUGUGAGUGACAGAAUACCACAUCAGCAACCUCUGUCAGGGAAGUUGCUGUGACCAAACCCAGAGGCAUGAUGGGCCUUCCAGAAGGCAUCUAAUGCUCUCCAAUACCAAAGACCUGCUGUAUGUUGCUCUCACGGAUGCACUGCACAGGUUAAGACAGCACUCCUGGAAAUGCCAUUUGUGAGCAUGGACACUGCUGAUGCUUGACAACGUGAUUAGUUGAAAGCAACCCAGCCUUACUUUCUCUCAGGGAAAAGAAGGUCAAGCAAAGGAACAGGAGGCAUGAGAAAAAACAAAUCAAUAUCUAAGACCCCAGAUCAUUUCAUUUACUCGAACAUGCAUUUCUUUCAUUUUGAGAUGUUGCACUGCAGACUGAACAUAAACAUAAAGAAAGGGAUGCGGAGAACCAUGCGAACAGGACGUGGUGCUGUUUGGGGUUGAAGGGAAUGAACAUGCACGGACUGUUUUAAAUCAUUCAACACACUACAUCAGCAUACCUACAAGAAAAUGGACUUAACUAUUCUACAGAGGCUCUGCUGACUGAACAGUUUUGAAUGGUGUGAACAGAAAUGUGGUCUACAGCCUUUUUGAUGUUGUGUUUUGAAUGUUAUAACUAUAAAGUAAGCAAUAAUGCAUGAAAGGUUCAAUUACACCGCCUUAAUGUUAAUGCUCAAUGUAAGCAAAUGUGUGUUUAUAGCCAUUUUAGAACAGUCAAUUUUAUUUUAAAGGGAAUUUACUACCACUCUGUGCAGAGCUGUCUUGUGCUAGUGACGUUUUGUAAUACAUUGAUUUGAAGAAGUAAUCUUUAUAGCGUUGAGACAGCUCGGAAAUAUUUUAUACAGUUGUAGAGUAUAUUGUAAAUAAUGUAUAUUUAGCAAAAUUAUGUUUUAUGGUUCAAGAAACUCUUAAGUCUUAAAUUGUUGUGGGAGUUUGUCUAUUUUCCAUUGAUUCUUUAAUAAUAUUUUUUAUAGUUUAUAAGGUUUCUCAAUGCAUGUGCAAUUUGGAACUGGACAUUCAGUGUCUGUGAAACAUCAGAUUUUGAUAGUCUUCUUUAUGCAUGGCAUAUAAUUUACAUUGCUUAAUAAUGUAUAAUAGCUGUGUAUGCAUAUGCAACAAAUUAUAUGUCUAUGUUGAACUAAGAAAUUAAUUAUAGGAAGCACUUUAAGCAGAUUAAAGCAGAACAAAUGAAUUAAACCAGCUACAUUAAUUCACUACAAGUUGGACCAUUAUGCUUUUUAGAUUUAAUAGGUUUUAUUGCUUAUAGAUAAUAUUGCUUAAAGAAAAUUGUAACUAAUACUAAUAAACCCAAAGGAAGAGCUCCAGACCUAUUUUUCUUUUAAUUUGUCCAUGAACUUGUAAGUGCUUUGUAAACCAAAUGUAAAUUUACUUUAGGUUACUAUACUCAAACCUUAUUCAUUCAAGUCAAAAGCAUGCCACAAUGUCAAAACCUGUGAAGUCCUGUGUAGAUUGAAAGUUGUGGAUAAGUUUCUUUCCAGGUCUCUUUUUAAAUAGUGGAGUUGGUUUCAUCACUCUCCCUUAUAUAACAAGGUGAUAAGAAUAGAUUCUGGUGUGACUGUCACACAUACUAUAUAGGCUACAUUCAUCUCUAAUGAGGAAUCUGCACAUGGUCUUCACAAACAAAACUACAAGGCAAAAGCAGAACCUUACAGACUGUGUCCGAAAUACGGGAAGGCUUAAAUGUAUAGAUUGUGUACCUUCCUAUAGCUUUAAUUAGUUAUUAUUUCACUUGAUAGCGGUGUCAGGAUUGUUGUUAAAGAGAAUGGCACUCUCUAGUGGUAACACUAACACUGAGAUGACAAUGCAGAUCUGAAUGUGCAACAAUGAGAACUGUAAAAGUGUUUACUUUAAUUAUGGUAUGAAUUUGUCCAGUGGCGUCCCGUUUAGCAACCCCAUAUUCCUUGUUU